AAAUAGAAAACGUUUUGUUUCGUGUAUUUCAUUCUGAAAUUGCCGAUUGUCUGAUAAAGUUUUAAUUAUUUCAAUAAUUUGAAUAAAAUAAUUUAAUAUUAGAGUUAUUUCUCUAGUGAUUAGUGUCUGGUGACGUCACCAUGGAGGACGACAUUGUACGACGACAUAAAGUAACUUGGAGUGAUGAUUUGAGUCAUGACUCAGAGGAGGAGAGAGAACGGGAACGUCUCGCGCAACUCGAAAAAGAGCUAGCAGAGACCCCAAUCAAGCCAUCGUACGAACCUGAAGAGUUGCAGAAGCUGGUCUCCUACAUCAUGAAAAUUACCACGCUAUACGACCUUCGCGAGGAGGAUUGGACUGAAGAUGUAAAGGCGGGCAUCGAGGAAUGGCUGCAAGAGCCCAGGGCGCUCAUCCUCUGUAUAUAUUUUAAAGGAGACAAGCUGAAAGCAGCCAGCGAUAUCCCGUUGUCGCCUGUAUAUGAUUUGACUUACUUUAUAAGAGAGCCUGACUUUGUAUUCAAGGCAGACACGUUUCACGAUGAAAUUAUAUUCGGCACGUUCGUUGAUUCUGUGGAGGCGAACAUGAUACAGCUGUUGGAGAAUGUUUACGCGCCGUACUUCUUUGGGAUAACUACGUGGCCUGAAAGUGUCAAAAGUGAGUUUUGCUCUCACAUACACACAUUCCUAGCCAAGCUAACGGACAUGUAUUAUAAAAUGCUGGGGCUGACAGUCCUCUACAUACCCAGGGAGGGUCAGCAGUUGACCUUUGAGCAGGCCAGCAGCGACCGGGAGCUGGUGAAGAGGCUCGAGGGGGUCGUGGUCUACUGGACACAUCAGAUCAAGUCGUGCCUGGAGGAUACGGCGUUUGUCGCGUCCCAGAAGGAAUUGUUGUGCCCGAGCGAUGAAUAUGACUUUUGGAUUUACAGACAUGAAAAUCUAAACGCUCUACUUUACCAACUGAAGAACCCAGCAGUGAGGCACAUAAAAAAGAUUCUAGUGACAACUCACUCGACGUUUAUCCACCAGUUCCAAUCUCUUUGCGAGGAGAUAGUCCAAAGGAUCACUGAAGCUACGUCGAACAUUGAAUUCUUGCAAGUGAUCAAGCAGCCGUGCGCCAUCCUCGAAUGCGUGGUCGAUCCUGACGAGAUCUCCAAGCACAUCCCUCAGAUCAUCAACCUCUUCAGAUUUAUUUGGAUGGAGUCACCAUAUUACAACUCGGAGACUCGAAUCACGAAUUUGUUCAAAGCCCUGAGCAACCAGAUCAUAAUUUUAUGCAGAAAUUAUAUAAAGUUAGAUGAAUUGUUUGAAGGAGAGACGAAGAAGGCGCUUGGAGAGUUCAGCAAGUGUAUCGAUUGUUGUAAGAAGUACAGGGAGAUAUACGACACGAUGGCCGAGGCUCAUAACGACGUGAAGCCUAAUAGCUGGGAGUUGGAUACUGGCAGUAUCUUCAAUUACAUCGACUCGUUCGUGCAACGUUGCUUCGACAUGAUGGAUGUUUGUAAUUGCAUGAUUAUAUUUGGCAGAAUCGACGAGUUAGAGACGACGAACAAGCCGAUGUUCGGCGGCGCGCGCGGCGAACAGUUCGAGGCGAAGUGCGAGCAGAUCGAGCACAUGUUCCACGACGCGCUCGCCGGCGUCACGCACGUGGCCGCCUCCAUCCUCGACGUGCAGGCGCCCGCCUGGUACGACCACAUCCUGCAGUUCCGGGCCGUCAUCAAGGAUAUCGAGACGAUUAUCGAAAACCUCGUGGAGUCCGUGUUUGAAGGAGUCAACCACGUUGAAGAAGCAGUCGUUGCUUUGUUCUCUUUAAAUAACUACUCUAAGCGAAAGAACUUACGACGCAUAUUUAAACGGAAAACUGCUGAGGUGUGGGCCAUGUUUAGCGAUGAGGUGCAAGACGCGAAGAAGGACAUGGUCUCGAACCGCAGCCAGUCCGCGGACCUGCCUUCCUUCGCCGGCAGAGCUGCCGUGCUGAGGAUGAGGAAGAAUCGCCUCGUUUAUCUGAAGAAGGUGAUGACGGAUGCGUCGGUGUGGCUGAUGCCGUGCAGCAACUCCGAGGACGUGAUCAUGCACGUGAACAGGCUGAUGAGCGCCAUCGAGCUCGCCAUAAGGGAGCUCUGGAUCUCGUGGACGCACAAUCUGGACGAGAAAUGCGGCGCUGGAUUAAACAGGACCCUGAUGCGCAAGAGUACGGAAAACCCUGGCCUGCUGGAGUGUAACAUCGAUGUCAACAUUUUGGACCUCUGUAAAGAAGCAGCUCAUUGGGAGAACCUGGGACAAGACAUACCGAUCCACGCUUAUCAGGUGUUUUCGAAAAGCAAAACUAUAUACUACGUGUAUGAGAGCGUUUUGGCCGUGGUGAAGGGGUACAACAAGAUCCUGGACUCGCUCUCCGAUGAAGAGAGAAUGCUGUUUAGACCUCUGACUUCUGCUUGUGAGAAAAAGGUGCAGCCAGGUAUCACAAAAUUGACUUGGACUUCGACUAUGUCAGAUGCAUACAUUGCCGAUUGCGUUACGCAGAUUGGAGAACUACAAGAUUUUCUCACGACGUACAAAAAUUGCAAUAUAAAUUUGGUUAAAAUUAUGGAAAAAAUAUGUGAUACUCCUCUAGUUGAAUUCGACAUAUAUAAUGUGUUUAAAAUUAAAGAUUUGAGAGAGAAGAUACGAAACAUGGAAGCAAUAGCUGCAGCAAAAAUCUUGGAGAUGUAUAAAGAGAUUAUUACCUACGUUAUAAUUGUUUAUGAAGGAUUUGAAGCUCAAAUAGCACAGAUGGCAGAAUACUGGAUAAAAUAUGUAAGAAGGUUCGAUUGUCUGUUGGAAGAUGCAUUACGUCUUGCUAUUAAAGCAACUAUGCAAAAUUUAUACAAAUGUGUACAUGGAGAUGGUACGAUGGCACCAUCACCUCUGAUCAAAAUGAAUCUGUAUUUAGUUGGGAAGGAUAUUGUGUAUGCGCCAAGCCGUCAUGAAGUAUUAGACACGUUCACCACUGUCUUAGAAGAAAUCGUCCAUAUAAUGAGCACAGUGCCACGUUUGUUUGAAAAAUUCGCUCUGCCUUCAGCGGGAUUGAAAAAAUUCUGGGAAGCGAUACAGAUUGAUUCCGAUUGUAACAAACUGCAAGCUCUUAUUGAUGCUGAAAUCGAGUAUAACAUAUCAUUGAUCAACGAGCAUAUCCAUAUGUGGGACCCGUAUAUGCACAUUUGGAAGGUGAACAAGGACGAUUUCAUGCAGAAGUACCGUGAGGAGAAUCACACCGCAGCUGAAUUCGAUGAGCUCAUUAUAAACUACAGCGACCUUGCGAAUACCGUCCAGAUACAGGAAACUGUUAAUCAGAUUCAUUUCAUAACUUUGAACUCAAGCGAUUUGAAGAAAUCAAUUAUAGCUCAUUGCUUGGUAUGGCAAACAAAACUCGGUGAGCUUCUCAGGAAAAUCUCUGAGUCUGAUAUCGAUAAAGUUUACACGUACGUUGAAAAGAGCAGCGAGGAGGCUAUGAAGAUGCCUGCUGACUUGAAGGACCUAGCUUUUGCGAUAGCGACAUACGAGCGAUUAAUAUCGGAUAUACCAAUAGUGGAAAGCACUUUCCCGCCCAUUACAGAUAAAAUGACGACCUUAGCCAAAUUUGAAGUUGAACUGAGUUCUGAUAUGGUAACGCGUCACGAGAAUAUACCUGUGAUUUGGUCAGACUAUUUACUGCUGCUGGAAGAAGCCAAGAAGAACUUAGAAUUGAACAAAGAUAAAUUUAAAACUGAGCUACUAGAGCAAGCAGAGGUAUUUAAAGAGGCGGCCAAAGAUUUUUGCGAAGACUUUUAUAAGAAGUCCCCCUGCAGUUCUGACAUAAGUGGCAAAGAUGCUAUGGCGCAGUUGAAGGCUUUUAGGGACCAAUUGAAUGCACUGCGAGCCCAAGAGCAACAAAUUCGUGACGGACUAGCAGUUUUCAAUUUAACGACGCCAGUGAAUCUGGAUCUCCAGAAAAUGGAGAAAGAACUGGAGAAAUUGGAAGAAGUGUGGGGCUUAGUGUUCCAGUGGGAGGAGUCUUGGGAGAAGUACAAGACACAAACGUUCUGGGAAAUGGAAACUGACGAGAUGGAGGAGAAUGUUAUGUUCCUAUUUAGAAAUUUUAACCGUCUGUCCCGACAACUCAAAGACAAAGGUUGGGAUAUUAUAGAUACGACAAGGGUGAAAGUAGAUGCAUUCAGACGAACACUGCCUUUGAUUGGAGAUUUGAAAAACCCUUGCAUGAGGGAAAGACAUUGGGACAGGAUCAAGACGCUAAUGGGAGUAGAAUUUGACCAAGAUUCUGAAGAUUUUAAAUUGGAACUUAUAAUGAGAUUGAACUUCCAAGCAUACGCCGAUGAGAUAGCGGAGAUCUCGAACGCUGCCACCAUGGAAUUAAAUAUUGAGAACGGAUUAAAAGCCAUACGAGAAGUAUGGAAGAACACAACGUACGAGAUGCAGCAUCACAAAGGUGAAAUGUACAGAAUAAAGAACGUUGAAGAAGUUAUGCAGUUCUUGGAAGAUCAUCAAGUGCAACUUUCUUCAAUGAAAUCGACAAAGUACGUGGAACCAUUCAUACGAGAAGUAGAUUACUGGGAAAAAUCUUUGGGUUACGUCGCAGAGUGUAUUGAGAUUGCUUUGCAAGUUCAGCGUCGUUAUUUAUAUCUUGAGACUAUAUUCAGUGGCGAAGACAUAAGAAAGCAGUUGCCAAAUGAAGUUAUCAUAUUUGAUGCUCUCACUGCUGACUGGACCGAAAUUACAAGCAAUAUGUAUGCUGGAACUAAUGCUGUAGAAGCUUGCCUUUACAAGCCAGCGCCCUACGUGUACAACAAAUUGAACCAAAUGGUGGACAAUCUUGAUGGUAUUCUUAGAGCACUGGAGAAGUAUCUAGAAACUAAACGCCAGUUGUUCCCAAGGUUCUAUUUCAUUUCUAAUGAUGAUAUGCUCGAGAUCCUUGGCAAUUCGAAGAAGCCGCAAUUAAUUCAAGUUCACUUGAAGAAGCUAUUCGAUAACGUCAAUAAGAUUCGGAUUGAUAAGAACCCCAUGGGCCUUCCCGUAGCUAAGGCCAUGAUGUCAGAUGACGGUGAAUGUAUCGAAUGGAAAUAUAACUUGAUCCUGGACGGACCUGCUGAGGUGUGGCUCUUGGGGUUGGAGCAUACCAUGAGAGUGGUGUUGAGAGAUCAACUGAUCUUAACUCGCGCGGCGUUGAGAAAGUGCCGAUAUCAAAGGGAACAGUGGAUCAACGAUUGGCCUGGCCAAUUGGGCAUCACUUGCAGUAAGAUACAAUGGACAUCGGACUGCACGCGAACGUUAUGCCGAUGCGAGUUGAUGAAGGAGAAGAAACCGAUGAAGAAACUACGCAAGAAGCAGAACCAGAUACUGAGCACGCUACAGAUGAUGUCGCGCAAGGACAUCAGCAAGAUCCUGCGCGCUAAAGUGAACGCGCUGUGUGUUAUAGAAAUACACUCGAGGGACAUGGUUGAUAAGAUGUACAAGUUGGGCUGCAUGUCAGUGUCCGCAUUCGAAUGGUUCUCCCAGCUGAAGUUUUACUGGGACCGGGAGCGCGAGGAUUGUUACAUUAGGCAGACAAACACCAACUCUAUAUAUACGUAUGAGUACAUCGGCAAUUCUGGACGGCUCGUCAUCACGCCACUUACUGACAGAUGCUACAUAACACUGACGACGGCACUGCAUCUAUUUCGUGGAGGUAGUCCUCAAGGUCCAGCUGGUACUGGAAAGACGGAGACCACCAAGGAUUUGGGACGUGCAUUGGCUAGAUGGGUGGUCGUCACUAACUGUUCAGAUGGACUUGAUUAUAAAUCAAUGGCGAAGUGCUUUGCAGGUAUAGCCCAGAGCGGCUGCUGGGGUUGUUUCGAUGAGUUUAACCGCAUCAACAUCGAGGUAUUAUCGGUGGUGGCGCAGCAGAUCCUGGCCGUGCUACUGGCUCUCUCGCUCUACCAGAAGAAGUUCUUCUUCGAAGGCUUUGAGAUCAAGCUGGAUAGUAACUGUGGAGUAUUUAUUACUAUGAAUCCUGGAUAUGCCGGCAGAACAGAGUUGCCGGACAAUUUGAAGUCCAUGUUUCGUCCCAUAGCAAUGUGCGUGCCUGACUGUCUGAUCAUAGCUGAGAAUACGCUAUUCUCUGAUGGGUUUACCGCUUACAAGCUUAGUGCUAAGAAGGUGUUCACACUAUACCAGUUGGCGAUGCAGCAGCUAUCAAAACAGGACCAUUACGACUUUGGGUUGAGGUCAAUGGUUGCUCUGCUGCGCUACGCUGGUGUCAAAAGGCGUGCCUACCCACAUCUGCCUGAACAAGAGAUCGUGAUCCUAGCCAUGCGCGACAUGAAUGUGGCCCGUUUAACUGCCAAGGAUGUGCCGCUUUUUGACGGGAUCAUGCAGGACAUAUUCCCAGAUGUGACGGUGCCGACCUUGGACUACGACAUGCUUGAAACAGCCAUCUCCGCGGAGAUGAGACAAGCUGGUCUGCAACCGAUGAAGGCCGCGCUGCAUAAGGUCAUACAAACUUUUGAGACGAAGAACUCCCGUCACUCCAGCAUCCUGUUAGGCGAUACAAAUACUGCUAAAUCUGUAUCUUGGAAGAUGCUAGCCUGUACAAUCAGCCGCCUGUACCGGGAGAAGGUGCCCGGUUUUGAUAAUGUUCAGACCUUCCCCAUAAAUCCCAAGGCUUUGACCCUGGGGGAGCUGUAUGGCGAAUAUAACCUCGCCACUGGCGAGUGGAAAGAUGGAGUGCUGUCAUCGAUCAUGAGGAACACCUGCCAAGACGAGUCACCAGAUCAGAAAUGGAUCAUAUUCGACGGUCCAGUGGACGCCAUAUGGAUUGAGAACCUGAAUUCCGUGAUGGAUGACAAUAAACUGCUCACUCUGGUCAACAGCGAAAGGAUUUCGAUGCCUCGGCAGGUGUCUCUUUUGAUCGAAACCCUGGACUUGGCUGUCGCGUCGCCGGCGACUGUCUCCCGCAACGGCAUGGUAUACAACGACUAUAAGGAUUGGGGCUGGUGGCCGUAUGUCAACUCCUGGCUCGACACUGUCUCAGAUAUUGAGUAUAGAGAUAUGCUGCGGCGCCACUUCCAGAACAUCCUGACGCCGGUGCUGGAGCUGAAGCGCACGCAGCUGGCGGAGGGCGCGUCGGUGCGCGGGCAGGAGCUCACGGGCGUGCGCGCGCUGUGCCGCCUGCUGGGGCAGCUGCCCGCGCCCGCGCCGCCCGGGCCCGACGACGAGGACAACGACAACUUCUCCAAGAUGAGAUUCCUCUUCGCCAUGAUAUGGUCGGUAUGCGCGACCCUGGAAGAAGAGCCUCGUCGCAAGCUGGACAACUGGGUGCGCGAGCACGAAGGCAUAUUCCCUCUAAAGGACACCGUGUACGACUACUACGUGGACGAGAGGCUGCGGCAGUUCAAACCCUGGGAGGACAAGCUGCCUGAGAACUGGAGAUACAAUCCCAAUCUGGGCUUCCACACGAUCCUGGUACCUACAGUGGAGUUGGUACGAGUGCAGACGGUAGCCCUGGAUAUGUUGAAGGCUGGAUAUGGGGUGCUGGUCGGAGGAGCGACUGGCACUGGCAAGACUUUCCUCGUUCAAGGCACUCUUGGCAGUCUAGAUCCUGUUAGAUACAGCACUCAAGUAAUAAAUAUGUCUGCGCAAACGACGGCGGCCAACGUCCAAGACAUCAUUGAAGCUCGUCUCGAGAAGAGAACCAAAGGGAAUUACGUGCCUGCUGGAGGCAAGAAGAUGAUAGCGUUCAUGGACGACAUCAACAUGCCGGUGCGGGACGAGUACGGCUCACAGCCGCCGCUCGAGCUCAUCCGUCUGUGGCACGACUACGGCUACUGGUUCGACCGGCAGAAGCAGUGGAGGAAGAACGUUAAGGACAUGGUGAUGUGCGCGGCGGCGGGUCCGCCGGGCGGGGCGCGGUCGCCGCUGCCGACGCGCCUGCUGUCGUGUUUCCACGCGUUCUUCCUGCCGGCGCCGGCGCAGGCGCAGCUCGUGCGCAUCUUCGGCACCAUGCUGCAACAGCAUCUCUACGACUUCGAUGAGGAGACCAAGGGUGUCGGUAAAGUGGUCCUCACGGCUACGAUAGACAUGUUCAACAACAUAGUGGCGAAAUUGCUACCAACGCCAAGCAAGAUGCAUUAUCUCUUCAAUCUCAGGGACAUAUCCAAGAUUUUUCAGGGCCUUCUACGCAGUAACAAAGAUUAUACAAACACGAAGCCGCGGUUCCUGCGGCUUUGGAUCCAUGAAUGCUUCAGAGUGUUCUGUGACCGACUCACUGAGGAAAAGGACCGCGACUGGUUCAUGAACCUUGUGAGCGACAUGUUGGGCAAGCACUUUGAGCUGACGUUCCACGCGCUGUGUCCGUCCAAGAGUCCGCCCAUCUUCGGACACUUCUUGAACCCCUUCGAGGUGUAUGAUGAUCUUAACGAUCCGGUCGCGCUAAGGAAAUACAUAGCGAACCAGAUGGAGGAGUACAACAGCUGCCCGGGCGUGGUGAAGAUGGAGCUGGUGUUGUUCCGCGAGGCCAUCGAGCACGUGUGCCGCAUCGUGCGCGUCGUCUCGCAGCCGCGCGGCAACCUGCUCUGCGUCGGCAUCGGUGGUUCCGGACGGCAGAGUUUAACUCGUAUAGCUUCGUACAUAUCCGAGUGCAACACAUUCCAAGUGGUCGUCACAAAGACAUAUGGCGUGAAGGAUUUCCGUGAGGAUUUGAAGGUUCUGUACACGGCGUGCGGCGUGGAUUGUAAGAAGACGACGUUCAUAUUCUGCGACACGCAGAUCGUGGAGGAGACCUUCACCGAGAUCAUCAACAACCUGCUCAGCAGUGGGGAGGUCACUAAUCUGUACAAGCCCGAUGAAUUUGAAGAUAUAAAAUCGAGUCUAGAGAAACCAAUGAAAGCGGCGAACUUGAUGCAAACGGCGGAGUCGGUGUAUCUGUUCCUCGUGGACCGCGUCAGAGCCAACAUGCACAUUGUGCUGUGCUUCAGCCCCAUUGGGGAUGAGUUCAGGAACAGAAUCCGUCAGUACCCAGCGUUGAUCAACGCGACGACCACCAACUGGUUCCUGGAGUGGCCGCGGGAGGCGCUACUCGAGGUGGCCUACAAGUUCCUGGACGGGGUCGAGCUGUUGGCUUCCAUCACUGGACCCAGGGUGAGUUGUUUAAGGAAGUUAAAAGCACCAGGAAAGCGUGGUGGACUAAGGACUAACUACGUCACCCCCACCAACUACCUGGAGCUCGUGUCGGGGUACAAGGAAAUGUUGAAAAUGAAACGGCACGAGGUGGCGUUGCAAGCGAAUAAGUUGAGGAACGGCCUGGGGAAGGUGGAGGAGACCACCAAACUGGUGGGGCAGAUGUCUGAGGAGCUCGCGGUGGCGCAGGUACAAGUGGCGGAGUACACGGAGCAGUGCAUCGAGUACAUGGGCGUGAUCAACGUGCAGCAGCGCAAUGCGGACGAGCAGCAGCGCCGCGCGGCGGCGCGCUGCAAGAAGACGCAGGAGGAGGAGGUGCAGUGCAAGAAGCUCGCCGACGCCGCGCUGCGCGACCUCGCCAGCGCCAUGCCCGCCCUCGACGAGGCCGUCAAGGCAUUAGACGCUCUGAACAAGAAGGACAUCACUGAAGUGAAGUCCUACGCGAAGCCACCGCAGAAGGUCGAGAUGGUGCUGGAAGCAGUACUUAUCUUAUUACAGAAAGAGCCGACAUGGGCGGAGGCGAAGCGUCAGCUCGGCGACCAGUACUUCCUGGACCGGCUCCGUGAGUUCGACAAGGACAACAUUUCGGACAAGACGCUAAAGAAGAUCGGCACGUACACCGCCAAGCCGGACUUCGACCCGGAGAUCGUGGGCACCGUCUCACUCGCCGCCAAGUCGCUGUGUUUGUGGGUCCGCGCCAUCGAGAAGUACGGCAAGGUCUACAAAAUAGUAAAAGCCCAAAAAAAAGAACGUCUAGAAGAAGCCCUGGAAUCGCUCCGCAUGAAGCAGCAGAUCUUGGCGGAGGCACGCGCCAAGCUGAGGGAGUUGAGCGAGAUGAUAGCUCGUCUGCAGCGCGAGUACGACGAGAAGGUCGCGCAGAAGGACGAGCUCGAGCGCAAGUCCAAGCUGCUGCAGCUCAAGCUGGAGCGGGCGGAGGCGCUCAUCUCGGACUGUCGGGUGAGAGGGAACGAUGGGAGCAGACGGUGGAGCGACUGGACAAGGAGUUCGACAACUUGCCCGGCGACUGCCUCAUCGCUUGUCGCGUACCUCGGGCCCUUCGUUUCCGAGUACCGGGAGGCAUUGAUGGACGAUUGGUUUAAUGAGGUGUACAACGAAGCCGUGCCUGUGACCAUGGACCUAAGCAUGAAGAAUUUCUUGCUGGACGACGCUACCCUCAGGGAUUGGAACUAUAUGGGGUUACCUGAUGAUAACUUCAGUGCGGAGAACGGCAUUAUCGUGGUGCGAGCCACUCGCUGGCCGCUGGCCGUGGACCCUCAGGGUCAGGCGCUCAUCUGGAUCUCCAGGCUAGAGGAGCAAAACGACAUACAGCUUGUUGACUUCGGCCAACCUAACUACCUAAAAGUCAUGGAGACAUGCUUGACUGAAGGGAAGCCGAUCAUCGUCCAGAACGUGGGCGAGGUCCUGGAUCCGUCCAUAGCGCCUAUCCUGGACAAGGCUAUUGUGAAGAUAGGCAAUUCGAUGGUUAUCAAGUUCAACGAGAAGAUGGUCCCGUACAAUGAAGACUUUAAAAUGUAUUUGACUACUAAACUAG